GUCGAGCGUCUGCGACAACAGGGCCAGUGGUGGCAGCAGCGGUAUUAGCGACACCAGCAAUAUUGAGUUGAGUGAUGGAGCGCACGAUCAGAGGAGCAGCACAAUUGGCAGCAGCAGCAGCGGCCGCAGCUGCAGCGGCGAUGAUGGUGCCGGUGGCGCCGACAGGCCCGGCGCAGCGCCCUGCCAGCAUCUGCGGCCAUGA